GCGGCUGCCAGGACCUGCCCGUCCCGUCACCCCCCGCGCCAAGAUGUCGGCGGCUAUCGCCGCGCUCGCCUCCUACGGCGGCUCCGACUCGGAGCCGGACUCGGAGCCCGAAGCCGAGGCCGACCCCCGGCCCGCCGCCGUGCUGGCCAGCCGCGACGCCGUGCUGCACCUCCGCCCGCCCCCCGCCGCGCCCCCGGCGCUGCCCGUCGACUCGGCCCCGGAAGUGGCCGUGAAGGAAGAUGUGGAAACAGGAGUCCACCUCGAUCCUGCUAUCAAGGAAGUCCAGUACAAUCCCACUUACGAGACCAUGUUUGCACCCGAGUUUGGACCAGAAAACCCAUUUAGGACUCAGCAGAUGGCUGCACCUAGAAAUAUGCUUUCUGGAUAUGCAGAACCAGCUCACAUCAAUGAUUUCAUGUUUGAGCAACAAAGAAGAACGUUUGUAACCUAUGGUUAUGCAUUAGAUCCCUCUAUAGAUAACCCUGAAGUUGCUACCAAGUAUAUUGGUUCUGUGGAAGAAGCUGAAAAAAAUCAAGGUUUAACAGUGUUUGAAACAGGACAAAAGAAAAUUGAAAAAAGGAAGAAAUUCAAGGAGAACGAUGCAUCUAACAUUGAUGGUUUUCUGGGACCAUGGGCAAAGUAUGUUGAUGAAAAAGAAGUAGCCAAGCCAUCAGAAGAAGAGCAGAAAGAGUUGGAUGAAAUAACAGCUAAGAGGCAGAAGAGAGGAAAGGUGGAAGAUGAUAAACCUGGAGAGGAGAAGACUAUAUUACAUGUUAAGGAAAUGUAUGACUACCAGGGGAGAUCUUACCUUCACGUUCCUCAAGAUGUUGGAGUUAAUCUCCGUUCUACAGUGCCGCCUGAGAAGUGCUAUCUUCCAAAGAAACAAAUCCAUGUAUGGUCUGGACAUACAAAGGGUGUCAGUGCAGUUCGGUUGUUUCCUCUGUCUGGCCAUAUGCUGUUGUCCUGCUCUAUGGAUUGCAAAAUUAAGCUAUGGGAAGUAUAUGGUGAUCGAAGAUGUCUACGAACAUUUAUUGGACAUGGUAAAGCUGUUCGAGACAUCUGUUUUAAUAACGCUGGCACUCGGUUUCUUAGUGCUGCAUAUGACCGCUAUAUUAAACUCUGGGACACUGAAACAGGACAAUGCAUUUCAAGAUUCACAAACAGGAAGGUUCCUUAUUGUGUCAAGUUCAAUCCUGAUGAAGAUAAACAAAACCUCUUUGUUGCAGGAAUGUCAGACAAGAAAAUUGUGCAGUGGGAUAUUCGGAGUGGUGAGAUUGUGCAGGAGUAUGAUAGGCAUUUGGGAGCUGUCAACACCAUUGUAUUUGUGGAUGAAAAUAGAAGGUUUGUGAGUACAUCUGAUGACAAGAGCUUAAGAGUCUGGGAAUGGGACAUUCCUGUAGACUUCAAGUACAUUGCUGAGCCAAGUAUGCAUUCGAUGCCAGCCGUGACUUUGUCUCCAAAUGGGAAAUGGUUGGCUUGCCAGUCAAUGGAUAACCAAAUUCUGAUUUUUGGAGCUCAGAACAGAUUCAGAUUAAACAAAAAGAAAAUCUUCAAAGGUCACAUGGUAGCUGGCUACGCUUGUCAAGUGGAUUUUUCACCUGAUAUGAGCUAUGUGAUAUCUGGAGAUGCAGAUGGAAAACUGAACAUCUGGGACUGGAAGACAACAAAACUCUACAGCAGAGUAAAAGCACACGAUAAAGUCUGUAUUGGUGCAGUCUGGCAUCCACACGAAACAUCCAAAGUCAUUACGUGCGGCUGGGAUGGUCUUAUUAAACUCUGGGACUAACGAGGCUGCUAUGAGGAUCUAAAGGUGUAAGCCCUGCAGACAUCUGAGACUGGAGUGCAUUCAGCUGUGAGGAGAGGUAAACUUUUGUAAUACAGCUGUUCUCAGCUAGCUGUACAUAUGCUCUAAAAAAUGGGGAAUUUCAAAAGACUUGUCCCAAAGGAUAUUGUUCGAAAUAUGACAUCUGGGUGUGAGAAUCUGAGGUCACCUGGAGCAUGCAGAAUCGAGUGUUAGUUUGUGCUGUCACUUUUUGUGCAAGAUACUCUUGUAAAAUAAAAUAAUUUUAAGAAAAACUAUUUUUGUGGUUCUGGCUGUCAGAGAUGUGGGGACUUAGAGAAGAAAACCAGCAAUUGUGUAAUUCUCUUCCGAAGAAGAAGUCUUUGAUACCUGCUGCAGUAGAGCUGGAAAAGAUGCAUUUGUUUGUGGCUUUUGGCAGUAUUUUGUUCUCCCCCAAGUAUUUUGUUCUCCCCCAAAUACUUCUACCUUUACAGAACACAAUCAUUUGCUAAUAUCUGUUAAUUCACAGUUGGAAUGGACUAAUCAGAAGCUUGCAGCCCUCAAUUAAACUGUAUCAACAGAAAGCCGCAUUCAUAAAAACCUUGUUUUGUCUGUAUUUAACUGUAUCAUGCUGAUCACCAAGUGUCAUCUUUACAAAUGCUCCUCAGUUUGAAGAUUUUGCCUGUAAUGGUCGUGUGCUAGGUGUUUUUCUCUUCCCUUAAUGUUGUUAAGUUCCAGUAAGCAUGACAUAUUAAAAAAAAAAAAAAGGGCACCAACAAAGUGAAUAGAUUGUAUUAUAAGCUCCGUACAGUUUCUGACAAUUUAAUGUAUAUACAUGCCACACUUUUUCUCGUCAAAGAACUUAUUUUUAAUAAAUCUUUUUAUAAAAAAA